AUGGAGCCGGUACCGGGGUCCAGGAAGAGCCUCUCCCUAUCGCUCCCGGUGCCCCGGGAGGGCUCCAGCACCUUGAGGCCCCCCCAGCACCUCUGGCGCCAGCCCCGCACCCCGAUCCGCAUCCGGCACCGGGGGUUCUCCGACGCCGAACGGCCCCGGCCCCGGCCCAUGGAGCGGGCGGACGCGGUGGACACCGGGGACCGGCCCGGGCUGCGCAAGUCCCGAAUGUCGUGGCCGUCGUCCCUGCACGGGGCCCCCAGCACCGGCAGGCGGCUGGAAGCAGAGAACGGUCCCCCCCCGGAGGCUCAGCCCCCCCCGGGGUUGGUGCUGGUUCCGGGGGGGGCUCCAGGUCAGCGCAGAGAGUCCUUCCUGUACCGCUCGGACAGUGACUUCGACGGCUCCCCCAAGAGCCUGUCCCGGACCUCGUCUGUCACCAGCGACGUGCACGGGGAGGAUCUGAUCGUGACCCCCUUUGCACAGGUCCUCGCCAGCCUCCGCAGUGUCCGCAGUAACUUCUCCAUCCUGACCAAUGUCCCCCCCCCCCCGGGCAGCAAGCGCUCCCCCAUUGGCUCCCAGCCCCCCCCCUGCCCACCUGUGCUCUCAGAGGAGACAUCCCAGCAGCUGGCCCGGGAGACACUGGAGGAGCUGGACUGGUGCCUGGAGCAGCUGGAGAACCUGCAGACCCACCGAGCGGUCAGCGAGAUGGCAUCCAACAAGUUCAAGAGGAUGCUGAACCGGGAGCUCACCCACCUCUCCGAGAUGAGCCGCUCCGGUAACCAGGUCUCCGAGUACAUCUCCAGCACCUUCCUCGACAAACAGCACGAGGUGGAGAUCCCGGCCCCCGGCCCUAAGGAGCGGGACAAGAAGCGGCGCCCACCCCCCCCCUUGGGGCAGCUCCGGGGGGGGGGGGGAAAGCAGCUGCCCCCCCCCGGCGGCGCGGGGGGGUGCGGGGUCCCCCGCUUUGGGGUCAGCACCGACCGUGAGGAGCUGCUGGGCAAGGAGCUCGAGAGCAUCAACAAGUGGGGGCUGAACAUCUUCCGUGUGGCCGAGUUCUCCAACAACCACUCGCUGAGCUGCAUCAUGUUCAGUGUGUUCCAGGAGCGUGACCUGCUGCGCACGUUCCGCAUGGCGCCGCAGACGCUGCUGACCUUCGUGCGCACGCUCGAGUCUCGCUACCGCCCCCACGUGGCCUAUCACAACAGCCUGCACGCGGCCGACGUGGUGCAGUCCACGCACGUGCUGCUGGCCACGCCCGCGCUCGACGCCGUGUUCACUGACCUGGAGAUCCUGGCCGCGCUCUUCGCUGCCGCCAUCCACGAUGUCGACCACCCCGGGGUGUCCAACCAGUUCCUCAUCAACACCAACUCGGAGCUGGCUCUGCUCUACAAUGAUGAGUCCGUGCUGGAGAAUCACCACUUGGCCGUUGGCUUCCAACUGCUCCAGGAGGAAAACUGUGACAUCUUCCAGAGCCUGAGCCGGCGCCAGCGCCAGAGCCUGCGCAAGAUGGUCAUCGACAUGGUCCUGGCCACAGACAUGUCCAAGCACAUGAGCCUCCUGGCUGACCUCAAGACCAUGGUGGAGACCAAGAAGGUGACGAGCUCGGGGGUGCUGCUGCUGGACCACUACACUGACCGCAUCCAGGUCCUGAGGAACAUGGUCCAUUGUGCGGAUCUGAGUAACCCCACGAAGCCGCUGGAGCUGUACCGGCAAUGGACCGAGCGCAUCAUGGAGGAGUUCUUCCGGCAGGGAGACCGGGAACGGGAGCGGGGAAUGGAGAUCAGCCCCAUGUGCGACAAGCACACGGCCUCCGUGGAGAAGUCCCAGGUCGGCUUCAUCGACUACAUCGUGCACCCGCUAUGGGAGACCUGGGCUGACCUGGUGCAUCCGGAUGCUCAGGACAUCCUGGAGACGCUGGAGGAGAACCGGGAUUGGUACCACAGCCGCGUCCCGCACAGCCCAUCCCCCCCCCCCCCCCCCCCCACCCCCCCCCCCCUCGGGCCCCCCCCCAUCCCACCCCACUUCCGCUUCGACCUCCCCCUGGAUGAGGAUGAGGAGGGAGGGGGACACGAUCCAACCCUCGGCCCCCCCCCCUGUGAGGAUGAGGAUGGAGAAGCCCCCCCCCAUCCACCCUAUGUGCCCCCCCCCAAGCGGCCCCCGGGGAGACCCCCCGAGGGGGAGGAGGAGGAGGGACCGGACCAAGGCGAUGGAGGGGGGGGGUGA